UAAUACGAAGUACAUCGUAUCUGUUGCAGCCCUAUGAAGAAGACGAUGAACAUACAGGUAUAGAUGGAAAAGCGUUAGAUAAAAACUUGAGAAGUUUUCUGAACGACGCAGCAAAUAUUAGAUCUGAAUAUAUCAAAAACGCAAUUGAGCACUCUGAUGAAGAGCCUAAACCAAUUUCAAGUGCAGAGUGCAGGAUAAUAUUUGUCACACCCGAAGAGAGAUCUAGUUUUAUGGCGACUGAGAACAAAACAUCAGUUGUUCUUAUUAAGGAAAUUGAAAAUAUGCUGAAUUCUUUGGAUGACGACGAAAUAGCUUCUGUGGAAUUGAGAGUAAUUUGGCAAAAUAAAAGAUCAAAAAGGAGCUUAUAUCAUUUUAUAAGGAAGUAGAGGAAUGUUUAAAAAACCAGUUAGAAAACCUGUUACCAGUAGCAGACGACGAGAGCGAUGAUGAAAAUUAAGAUUAUUAGAUCGCUUACUACGUUGAUAAAUUGACAACAAAAAAUAUAAACAGUUAAUAAGACUAGUAGUUUAAAGGUGAAAUUGACGGAAUACACAUAUACUG